AUGGCGGGCCCAAAGAGGGCCGCGUUCGCCGAGGAGAGCGCCGAAGUCGAGGUGCUCUACGCGAACCUGUCCAAGAUGAAGAGCUUGACCAAGAAGAUUCAAGCUUCCAUGAGUCGUCUCGAGACCAGUGGAAAGACGGUCGAAGAGGCUAUUGGGCCCAUCUAUGGAAAUACACAGAAACUCCAGACAACCAAUGCAAACAUCGAUCGCGUUAUCAUGGCCAUCGACAGGAUUCGCGAGCCCCUGGACAUGCGCAACAGAGAAGAACAGGUCCUACGUUCGAACCCCCAGGCUGUGGGCUUGACCGAAUACAUAGCAUCCAUCGAUCGCACCCGCCAGGCUCUGGGUGACCUGAAGCAGUCCAAUCUCCGCUCCAACCAGCAAGCCAUCUCUGAACUCAACGGCCUGUUGGGCGUUGGUAGCCGACAACUCGAGGACGUCUUCCAGAGCACUCUUCGCGAAGGAUUAGCCCCAGUCGAGCCUCUCCACUUCAUCACCAAGAACAUCGAUUUUCCUCGCGAUUCGAGAGGUACACCAACAGCCAAAAUCUACGCCGAAGUACGAGGCCAAUACAUUACUUCAAGUCUGCAAAACAUGGCCGCUGCCUGUCUGGCAACUGCUCGAAAGCAGAAUCCAAGCACUGCUACAGUAUACAAGAAAGGAGACAAUGCUAUUGGCAUGUAUGCUGCAGGUAUCAAAGGCAUAUUUAUUGCCGAGUACGACAAUAUCUGCCCCAUAUUCGACCGUGAAGAGUGGGGCCAGGUUUUGACAAUGACCUGCCAGGGCGCUCUGAAGGCUUUUGCUGCCACUCUGAAGGAUCUCGAUCGACAUAUUAAGGAUAACAUCACAAGCGACUGCUUCCUAGCAUAUGAGAUCAUCGAAGUCGUAUCAAACACUGCUAUCGAGAUCGAGAGCAAAACAGGAGAGUUGAAGAAUGAGGUGGCUGAUGCUUUGAAGCCCAUACGGGAGACCGCAAAGUCAUCCCUCUCAGCACUUCUGACAGACGUGCGGAACAGAGUGCAGCAGAUGAUGCAACUACCUUCCGACGGUUCCGCAAUACCCCUGACCUCGGAGAUGAUGGCCCGAUUACAGGCAAUGACCAGCUUCUUGGUACCCUUGUCGUCGAUUUUGACAUCUCUUGGAAAAGGUGGAUGGUCCGCGCCAGGACCUGCAGCAUCGAGCAGCUCUAUACCUACCCUCAAAUCUUUCGACGUUGGCGCAGAUGGCCGCAAGCUGUUUGCAGACUAUGCUGCAGACACCAUACAUACGCUCCUGUCGAACCUGGAGGCGCGUUCUCAAUCUCUGCAGAAGGGCAAAGGUGUGCAAGGCGUCUUUUUGGCAAACAACAUCGCCAUCAUUGAUCGCAUGAUCCGAAGCUCUGAACUCGGUCCGCUGCUGGAACCCGCACAACCCAAGAUCGAAUCCUGGCGUGUCAAAGCGACUAAGCAUUACAUGACCACCUGGAACGAGGUGUCAGCUUAUCUACUGGAUGUACAGUACACCAAUCGUGGUCCUCGUCCUCCCAGUACAGGAACAGCGGUCGACUCAGCAGCAUUCGUAAAGGCUCUUUCGUCGAAGGAGAAGGACGCGAUGAAGGAAAAGUUCCGCGGCUUCAACACAUCAUUCGAUGAGAUGGUUGCCAAACACAAGACCUACAAGAUGGAGAAGGAGGUCAAGAUCUCACUCGCAAGGGAUGUCCAGAGGCUCAUCGAGCCACUCUACGGUCGUCAUUGGGACAGGUACCACGAAAUUGAUAAGGGUAAGGGCAAGUAUGUCAAGUACGACAAGACGCAGCUCAACGCAGUGCUCACGAAUCUGGGGUAA